UGAAAAAUUAUCAUCACUGCGUGUGUUGUCGAUAAUGCAGUGGAACUUGACAUGGCUGUUUGUACUGAAAGCAGUUGUUAUCAUUGCAAGUAAUGCUGCAACAAUUGCCAUAUUCACAAGAACACGCCGUCUUCACAAUAAACAGCACAUAAUGAUUAUCAGUCAGGCUGUAGCUGAUCUCUUGGUUGGCGCUGGGCCCAUUCCAUUGUUCAUUCUAUACAGACAAAUAAACAAAGAUUACCAUAAGGCUUAUGCAACAAUCGAUGGCUUCUGCGGGGGAGCUUCCUUAUUUGGUUUGGCAGCCUUGGCCAUUGAACGAGCACAUGCAACAUACUUUCCAUUCAGACACUCCACAUUAGGUAAAGGACCGUAUAUUAUUGGGAUACUUUUAAUGUGGUCAACAGCAUCCAUCUCAUGUUUUCGACCUUUCUUUUGGCAAUUUGUUGCUUUCACGCUAGCGAUAAUAUCUACUUCCUACUCUCUUGUUGUUAUUAAAGUUCGUUGCACAAGCCCUCAAGCUCAUGAUGUAAUGAUCCAAGAGAACAAGAAACUGACUGUCACUCUUGCCGUUGUUACUAUUCUAAGCUUGGUGAUGUGGAUGCCUUACGCAUGUUUUACAAUUGCCUUUCUUAUUGAUAAGACCUUACUAAGUCGAUACCCAAACUUGUAUUAUUCUGUGAAGUUAUUCCAAUAUGGCAACUCGCUUGUCAAUUCUCUUGUCUAUGCAUUUCGCAUGCGCGAAAUAAAAAGGGAAAUUUUUCGCUUAUUUCAGUGUUGUCGCAGAAAUCGAAUAUCGAUAAGCAAUGCAAGCGAACUUGGAAACAUAUGAUUUGCCCUUUGAGAACUCUUCAUAAAGAAAUAGUAUAGCUUAUUAUAUAAAUCCAAUAUAGAAAUUCGACGACUAGCAUGUUCGUCUUUUACUAUUUUCUUUUAAUUGCCUGGGAUUCCUGUCCUAGCAUGUCACUGCACUGCUAUUCUAAGCUGUCCGCGAGAUAGAUCUAAGAAAACUGUGCAAUUCAGUAUUGAUGUACCCGUUGCUAUUCUGUUCAUAUAAAUAUCUCAAAUCAAUGGCAAAUCAGCAGAAGUUCCAUAUGUUCCACGGCAGGCGCCCCCAUUGAGGAACAUCAAAUAUGAUAAUCCAGUUUC